AUGGACGUUCUGAAGAGCCUAUGGGCCAUGAAAGGGUACAGCGUGGGCGUGCAGAAGGUCGCAAGCAGCAAGGACGUGAUCCGGGUCCUGCAAGCAACUUCGGUGGACUCGCUCAAUGUCAUUCUGCUUGAAGACGAAGCUGAUUUCAACCUGCUUAUGAUGAUCACGCGGGAGCCCAUCGCUCGCGGGUACUCGUGGCUGGUCCUUGGCGACGUCGAGCCCGUCGCGGAGGGCGAAUUCCGCCUCAGCCUGCCGAUCGACAACCUGGUGACUUUCGCAAGCCUACACACAAGGAACGUCUCGGACACCAUCGUGGAGAAGGUGGUCGUGACAGAAAUCUAUUCCCUGGCUGAGGACUUGCCUUACAUCACUCGAGUCCUGGCGGAGUGGUACGGAAGAGGCCCUCUCAGACUCCCCCUCGAAGGCUGGAGUGAGAGGCGGACCAACCUCACUGGGCUACACCUUAGAUGUGUCACUAUGCCGCAAGAACCCUUCAUCUACGUGUCCGAGCCAAACGACCAGCUCAAAGUGCAGCUUCUUGGUGGAUAUGCCAGAGACGUCUUCAAGGCGCUGCAGGAAAAACUGGGAUUUACGUACACGUGCCGGCUGCCUCCUGAUUACAAAUGGGGGUCGCUGGAGAACGGCGAGUGGAACGGAAUCAUGAAGGAGAUGGUGGCGGGUCGCGCUGACGUCGUGGUGACUUCGCUCGACCAUAACAGCGCCCGAGCGAAGGACGUUGAUUUCGUUACCGGCCUUAGGAAAGUUGGGUACAGGAUGGUGACCCGCCGACCUGGCCUCAUGGACGAGACCUGGACGAGCUUCACGAGCGAGCUCCUGCCGACGGCGUGGGCGGGGACAAUGGCCUUCGUGAUCCUGGCGCCCCCUUGCCUCGUAUUCUGCUCGCGCCUUUCGCCCUCAGAGACCGAGAAGGUCAGCUUCAAGGACGCUUAUAUCCUGGCCAUCGGCGCCUUCGCUAUCCAAGGAUCAUGGUUAGAUGUUCGUAGCCUAUCGACCCGCAUCGUCUUCAUCACCAUCUUCCUGGCGACGCUGGUGGUGUAUGCUCACUACACCAGCGCCCUGGUGUCUCUCCUCACCGUCGCCUCCACCAGCGUCGGGUUCUCCAGCCUCCAGAGCCUCCUUGAGGAUGGGUCCUACCAGUUCGGAUUCAUGAGUGGCACUUCGCUCGAGGAUGAGUUCAGAGUAAAUACUUGUAAUACAAGGCCGUACGUUUACAUGAUGGAGGAAAAUAUCUAUCGAUCGAUGUUUCCCAACCAGUGUGACACGCAGCUGCUCAGAGGCCAGUAUUUCACCACAGAAACGGGCUUCGCUGUGCCAAGGGGGUCGCCGCUCAGGGAAAUCUUUGACAAUCAAUGUUGGAUUAAUUAG